AGUCCACAAACAUCACGAAGCACUCGCAACAAACCAAAGGCCAAAAGCUUAAGCAUGGCCGAGGAGAAGAAGAAACACAGACAUAAGCACCAAAAUCAACAGCAACAGCCUAACAAAUCCACCUCAGACCCUCACUUCAAGCCAAGCUCCGACGUCAAAGGCAUCCGCUUCGGCGGCCAAUUCGUCGUCAAGUCCUUCACCGUCCGGCGAGCCACGCCGCUGGAGCUGCUACGCCUCCUGGACAUCCCCCCUUCGUUCCUGAGCCAGUGCCAGACGCUUCCCUUCCCUUCGACCACCACCUACCUGCCUACCAACUUCACCAUCUUGGCUCACCACGCGUGGCACACCCUCACCCUCGGCCUCGGCACCAAGAAGUCCAAGGCGGUGCUCUUCGUGUUCGAGUCCGAGAGCAUGAAGUCGGCGAUAGACCAGCUCUGGCCACCGAUGAUUCCUCUGGGCGAUGUCAACAAGAAGCUCAUUCGCGGGCUCUCGGGGUGCGAGAUGGCCAGGUUUAAGUUCAGGAAAGGGUGCUUGACCUUCUACGUUUAUGCUGUGCGCCGGCUGGGGGCCGCCGGCUUCUCCUGCGCUGAUGAUCUCAGAAGCAUUUUGGAGGCUGUGGUGGCUCUCCAAGACUUUUUGGACCAUACAGCAAUGCUUGCCUUCCCCAGCCAGCGGAGCAUCACCUUCCCACCGCCGGUCGCCAUGGCGCAUUGUAGUUUUUUUUUUUGGUUCCUUCCUUUACUUCUCUUAGAUUAUCGACAACUAAGAAGGCAACUUAAUUAAACAUGUUUAAUUUUUUUUAAUUUGUUCGACAUACCCUAUUCUCCUCCUCCCUCCUUUUUGCAGGGAAUUCGUUGAGUGUGUUUUAUGUUUUUCUCCAGUACAAAUGAACAGAGUGGUGCACGCGUCCAUUUUAACAGAAUUCUAUGUAUCUAUCUUCUUUCAUGUGAAAACGUUUGGGCUUUGAUCCCUAAGAA